AAGACAUUAGAUAGCACACCAACCUUAUGUGACCUUUCUGACUAGAUAAGCAAGCUUUUAUAAAAUUUAGGCUUUAAAGUUUGAAGACAUUAGAGCAAUAUGUUGUUGGCUUUUCUUCCUGUUUUACUAUUCGUAAAAGGAUGUAUGAGUGCAACUGCUUGCAUGGACGGGUUUGAGCCCCAUCAAGGAUCGUGUUAUUUUUUCAGCCAUGACAAAGAGACAUGGACAGGGGCCUACCAAUCGUGUAAACUUUUCGAUGCAAUGCUGGUUGAAGUUAAUUCGGCUGACGAAGAUGCAUAUCUUUCCUCAAAGACCAGCACUCUAGGAAACUACUGGUGGAUAGGCCUUACUGAUAAGUUAGUGGAAGGCCAAUAUGUCUGGGAAACAAGCUUACAAGUAAUGACCAAAGACUCAUUCUCAAACUGGGGAACUGGUGAGCCAGACGGUGCUGGGGAUGAAGAUUGUGUGGUUUAUGCUCCAUCCAGAAACUACCAAUGGGGAGAUGCUAUAUGCACCAGAACAGAACAUUACAUUUGCGAAAAAAGUGAAGAAAAUGGUGAGAUUGUCGGAUGAGAUUGGCGUAACUAUAAAAUAUGUAAAGCUGCAACAUCGAUCUUGACAGAAUAAAUACAUGAAUUGUA